AUGGUUUACAACAGUGGCACGAGUAUCAUAAUGAUGAAGACGGGUCGUGUAACAUUUAUAGACAGUCUUAAUUAUUUUCACAUGCCUCUGAGUGGCCUACCAAAAGCCUUCGGUCUCGUUGGCUCUGCUGGUUUGAAACAAAAAGGUGUCUUUCCGCAUAUAUUCAAUACUCCCGAGAAUCAGCACUAUAUCGGUCCUCUACCGCCACUCGAGUUUUAUUCGCCCGAUACGAAGCCGACGGCUCAACAGGGUAUUCGUCUAGACCCUGCUAAUAUAAAAUCAAAUCCCGGUCUGCGAGCAGUCACCAAACUAUGUCUGAGUUCCUUUUGGGGUAAGUUCGGGCAGCGCGAAAAUCUACCUAAAACGGAAAUCGUAACGACUCGUCAGAAGCUCGUGAGUUUGCUUACGUGCCCGGAGGUCGAAAUUACGGGUAUUCUACCCGUAGAUGACGAAGUACUCUACGUCAACACGAGUAGUACGAGCGAAUCGGUGAUACCCACAGCGUACACAAACGUCGUUAUAGCCGCGUACACCACGGCUCAAGCUCGUCUUAAGUUAUAUGACUAUCUCGAGAAAUUAGAUCGACGUGUACUAUAUUACGACACCGACUCGUGUAUAUGA